GCUAAUGGAGAGGCGUGAUGUCAGGCUGACUUCAGCGGCUGGGGAGCAUAAAUAGAGCGGAGCUUCCAGAGGGCAGACAGACACUGGUAGGACACCGGCCAGGCAGGGAGAAGAUUGAUCGAUUGAUUCACAUACACAGAGCGGACAAUAUGACGCUGAACCGGACGGACCGAGGCCGCGCUCUGGACAAGCGAAGGGGCAGCACGCCGUUACACGUUCAUCAGCUGCACCGGCGGAGUAUGCCGGUGGACGAGCGGGAUCUGCAGGCGGGGAACGUCUGUCCGCUGUCCCGCCGCUCCGGGCAACCACAUCCCGGCAUCUGGACCCCCGGCUCCUCGGACUCGGUCACCUCUAGCGGCAGCGAGUCCUCCAGCCCCUACAAGGUGAUCCUGCUCGGGGGCCACGGAGUGGGCAAGACCACCCUAGCGCGGAUAUUCGGGGGCGUGGAGGAUGGCGAACCUCAGGAAGCGGAAGGAAGAGGAGACACUUUUGACAGAUCGAUCAUAGUGGAUGGGGAGGAAGCCAAUCUUCUUGUCUUUGAUGUCUGGGAGCAGGAUGACACUAACUGGAUCCGUGAUCACUGCAUGAAGCUGGGAGACGCGUACAUCAUUGUGUACUCAGUGACCGACAGGGUCAGCUUCGAGAAGGCUUCUGAGCUGAGGAUCCAGCUGAGGAGAGUGAGGCAAACAGAGGACAUUCCCAUCAUCCUGGUCGGGAAUAAGACUGACUUGGUGCGGUCCAGGGAGGUGUCAGUGGAUGAGGGCAGGUCCUGUGCCGUGGUUUUCAACUGCAAGUUCAUCGAAACGUCGGCGGCGCUGCACCACAACGUGCGCGACCUGUUUGAGGGCAUCAUCCGCCAGAUCCGACUGCGCAGAGACAGCAAGGAGGACAAUGAGAGGCGGCUGGCAAACUCCAAGCGGCGGGAGAGCGUGGGACAGAAGGCCAAGAGGUUCCUGGGCCGGAUCGUGGCCAGAAACAACAAGAAGAUGGCUUUCAAGCAGAAGUCCAAGUCCUGCCACGACCUGUCUGUCCUCUGAGGCAGACUGCCGGCCUGACAGCAGCCAUCCUGUGUGUCCUCGAGUGCAUGUGGGGGUGGGGUGUGGGGAAGGGUGGGGGUUGCGUGAGAUGUUGUUGCUCAGAGUUCAUUUGGAACCAGCUGUGCAACAUGGCUCUGAAGACUGAAGUGAAAGAUCCUGCGCCCUCCAUUGCCAUGAUGAGGCCGUACUCAGGUGUGAAGAGCAGCAUCUCAUAUUCUGAAGAGUAGCCUCCAACCUGAUGGCAUAAACAUCAAUUUCUCUCUCGUCCCUCCUCCCUCUUUUUUUUUCCAUUCUGCUUCCCCCUUAGCCUUUUCUCUUCGCCUCUCGUAUCAGAUCCCUUCUUCAUCACCUUUUACCUCAUCCACCUAUCACUUCCGAGCCUCUUACUUCAUCCACGCUUCUCCCUCACCUGGACUCACUUAACCCUUGUCAGCUUGCCCUCAUUCCCUUUUUCCUCCCUGCUUCUCUUUCUGGCUUCUUCCCCCUUUCUUUCCAGUCCUGAUGAAGAAAGGUCCUGCCCGAAACGUCGACUGCUUAUUCCCCUCCACAGAAGUUGUCUGUAUGUCAGUGAAGAGCCUAUAAUUGGUGCUGGGACAGUGCCAGUGUGUGAUGGGUAGGGGAUCAGCGGAGGGAAGUUGCGGGGCAUUUUUGGAACCGGGGGUUACGCUCCCUGGAAAGGGGAAGUUAAACAGCCCCAGCCAUUGAUUUCCUGAAGUGGUGAGACAUCGUGGGUAAUUGCACAUUGCGUUUGUGAGCAGAUUUUAUUGGAAUUAGACAGAGUGAGUGGAAACUAAAGGGAGGUCACACCUGUCAGGCUACAUGUGACGUGCGCAGGCUCGUACAUCACUAUGGACGCCUGAUCGUGGAAUGAUCAAAGAACAGUUGGACAGCUGUGAGAAACAAAGUAAUAAAUGAGCAAUAAGACAUAAUUACUGCGGUUCACAGCUAUGUCCACUCUGGUUAAUUUCUGUUUAAUAUUACUGUAUUCAAAUGAUUUCCUAACUGUUUACAUAUAAAUUUUUGUAUUUAAAAUAAAAUUUAUUUGAC